UGGAUACUGGCGGGGGGAGGGGUGGAGUUUAGAGGAAGCGGAAGUGUCAGAGCAGGCGGAAGUGGUACUGCCCUGAAUACCCUGAGCAGCGAGCGGAGGACGGCUUGAUAAACUCCCAUCGUUUAGAGAAUACAAUCGGGAUUCCUUGCACGCUCUAAAUCCUAAAAAAUGGAUAAGAACGACCUGGUGCAGAAAGCCAAGCUGGCCGAGCAGGCCGAGCGCUACGACGACAUGGCGGCUGCCAUGAAGGCGGUGACGGAGCAGGUCCCAGAGCUCAGUAACGAGGAGCGCAACCUGCUGUCUGUCGCCUACAAGAACGUGGUGGGGGCCCGCCGCUCAUCCUGGCGCGUCAUCUCCAGCAUCGAGCAGAAGACGGACGGGAACGAUAAGAAACAGCAGAUGGCUCGCGAAUACCGUAUGAAGAUCGAGACUGAACUCCAAGAAAUCUGCAACGACGUGCUGGAUCUGCUCGAAAAAUUCCUCAUUGCAAAUGCAACUAUGGCGGAGAGCAAGGUGUUCUACCUCAAAAUGAAAGGAGACUACUUCAGAUACCUGUCAGAGGUGGCCUCUGGGGACUCAAAGAAGAACACGGUGGACAGCUCUCAGGAGGCCUACCAGAACGCCUUCGACAUCAGCAAGAAGGACAUGCAGCCCACACACCCCAUCCGGCUGGGCCUGGCCCUCAACUUCUCCGUGUUCUACUACGAAAUCCUCAACUCGCCCGAGCAGGCCUGCGCUCUGGCCAAGCAGGCCUUCGACGAGGCGAUCGCUGAGCUCGACACCUUGAACGAGGACUCGUACAAAGACAGCACGCUGAUCAUGCAGCUACUAAGGGACAACCUCACUCUGUGGACAUCAGAAAACCAGGGAGACGACGCCGACGCCGGGGAUGGAGAGAACUAGAGCGCACUUCACUGUUACCCCCCCCCCCCCCCCCCCCCCCCCAACUCUCUCCCUCCUCCUUUAUCUCUUUUCUUCUCUUCUUCCUCUCUUCGUACACAUACAGCCCGUUCAUUCCCCCCCUCUUUCAGCCCCUGGCCUCCCGACCUCCUUCUGUAUAACCAACAGCAUGAAUAGCACCUGACCUUCAGACAGAUAUAUAUUUAAAUCCAAAAAAUAGGGGUGGUGGGCUAAGAGAAAGUACUCCAUCUCCCCCUCCCCCGAUCACUCCAAGGUAAACCUUAUAGCACGCACGGAGGUUUUUUUUAUCCAAAAACGAUGAAAUAAAUGAAUCUCUUAGACUCCCACCUCCUCCCCUCCCUCGUUUAAUCUUCCUCCUCCGCUCUUCCCCUUCCUAACAUUUCAAAUACCCCCCCAGUGAGUUAAUGCACAUAUAUAGUCGUACCCUGCCCCCCUUCCCCCUAAAUCUAAUGAGUUAACGCACUUAGUGACCCCCUCUUCCUCCCCCUCCUAUAGUGAGUUAACGCUCUCGUGUAGUCACCCCCCCCCCUUCUCUUUUGGCUUUUCUUAGUGUUAUCGGCAUAUGGCUGGUUUUAUUCCACUUUAAACAAAACAAAAGAAAUUAUUAAACUGUCUGUUUAUUUUCAACAAACACUGUGAUGCUUAGUUUUUCCUCCUCUUUGCCACCAGAUCCUGGGGAUAAAACAUCUGUGGGGGGGGGGGGGGGGUGUUUGAGCAGCAGUGCCAUUCUGCUGAGGUUUAUACAGAAGGGUCCUCCUACAAGGCUGUAUUGUGACACUGACGCAUCUAAAACAGAACCUGCUGUGUAAAGCAUUUUUUAUUAUUUUCUAACCCCAUUUAUAUUCUGUCCGGAAACUGAUCUGAAAACGUAUUAAAAACAUUCCCUGGACGUUGGAGAAGCCUGCUCCCGUGGAUCCCUGAAGUUCAUUUUUGAUUGCCUAUUUUCUUCCUCUUUCUGUGUGUAACAACUCAAACUCGUCUUUUCCAUUUUUUGAGAACUGUAAAAUUGUAAAACAUUUUUCGAGUGUAACUGUAAAUCUGUUUUUUGGAGAGCGGUUGGUCGAUGUUGUCCGUUAACGUGAAGCCACUUCAGUCCGCCGCUUGCUUUGGACACUUGCCCACAGAACUUUAUUUGGUACUUUUCUGUCUCCUUUUCAACCCCAAAACUCUUCUUAUAUCCGUCACUGACACAGUUCCACUCGCUGCUUAAUAGUCUGAUCAGCCGGCGAGAUGCAAGCUGUCAUUUAUCACCGUGUAAAUGUACCGCAACCAUGGAGGGGGUGGGAGGGUAACAGUCUGUGGAUCGACAACUUCCUGCUUCCUCAUUUCCAAAAUAGAAAUAACAGUUAGGCAUUGUUCCUCUAAAGGGAUCAAGAUAAGAGCAUCAGCCUGACGAAUAAAAGUUGCUUUGCAAAACCAUUAAAAGCAUUCAGAUGUAGUGCUACAGAACCGCCUAAAAGAACUAUCAUUAAAAGGGCAAGAUAAUUCUAUUUUAAACAAGCUCAAACAAUAUAAUAAAGUUAUUAAAAAUGUAGUUACAAUUUAAGAUAUGAAUAGUUGUUGGAUUUAUGAAAAGGCAGCGGCGAAAAUCAAAGUAUUCAGCCUUGCUUUAAAGAGGUGAGUUUUGGGGUUGUUUGAUCCAGGUAUAUCGCCGCAGAAUGACUCGAGCUGUAACCCGAUCCAGAGCAACCAUUCCUCCGAUACAAAUGGAUGAGGCAACAGCGUUUUCUCUUAGCGUUAAGAAUCCUAAAUAUGAGCAGCAGUUAGCGAUUGUUCCUCUAAAGAGAUCAAGAUUAGAAUCAGCUAACUGCCUGAAAACAUUCAUUUAGUCUAGCGUUAAUGAGGGCUGUGGUGAGUGUGCCGAUCAUCAGACCAGGGAAGCACGUUCAAUCCCUCCUCGACCGCUGCUGCAGUCAGCAUGUGGCCGUGUUGCUUCUUUGGGUAUUCCCCCAGUAUUACAUGUCUAUAUGUAAAGCGCUAAAAUAAAUAUACAUUUGUAGCUCCUUCUUGAGCUUGAAUAAACAGGCAAAACAAAUCUUAGAGCUGGAAGUUUGAUUAAGAAGAGACAAGGGUGUAACCAAAUCCAACAAUGUGAUUCUUUAAAAAACUAAAUAAAUGAGGAAGCGGGGGUUUCCCUCGCCGCAGUUUGAGUUCACACGGUAUGUUUGUUAAGGAGCCACAUGUCCUGGCAGCCGAUCAGUCAAUCAUCUGAGUGGAGAGAGCCUGUCGUCGGAUUGGUUAAACUCUUCAGGCUGGAGGUCAUAAACAUGCGUUGCCUUUUUUUAGAUUAAACUCUGCGAAAAGUGCUCAAUCGGCUGUUGACGGUACAUGUUCUGGAUCUGAUCUUAUACAAUUGUGUCGAUGUAACUGUUAAAGUUUCUCUUGUUUAAAUGGCGAGAUACUGUACGUGUUCAAAAGCGGUUAAAACUUUGAGAAACAUCGGAUUUUGGAAAAGCAAAAGCCCCUCUUGUUCUUUAAAUCUAUAUUUUCUCCACUCAGUGUCACAAUAACCUUGUCACUAACCAUCUCGACAUUCCACUCUUUAGGUGAAGAAAAGUCAAUGUUUUUUUUUCCUUUGCUGGGGACAAAUGUUUUCAUGCACUGAAGUUUAAAAGGUUAAAAAAGAAUUCCUCCCUGCCGCUCUUUUUCUCGUUAGCUGAACAAAAAGGCAGUUAUUCUACGCUUUCUAAGGAAAAAAUGAUCCCAUGCAGUAGUGAAUGUGGCACCGAGCCUGUCUGUAUAUCUGGUAUCUCAAAUCAUUUUGUUUUUACUGACCAGUAUUAUGCUUAAAAUAAAAAGGAGAAAAAAAAUAACCCAAAAAAACAACAAAAAGUUUGCUUCUGUGACGGUUUUAUUGCUUAGCGCGCACGUGGUUGUGAACAUUUAGACUUAGCUCAAGGACACCCUCCAAAAAAAAAUAAUUACACAAAAAAAAUUCCUUCAACGCCUCCCCCCCGGUUAUUGAAGUAAUACUAGAUUUGUGUAUGUCUUUUUAAAAAAAAAAAAACAGCUCUAGUUUCACCUUACAUGUUAUAAA